GGAUGCCAGGGGGAAAGAAGGUGGUCCCAAGUGGCAGCAGCAGUGCCUCCCCGAACGCAGCCGCCGCCACCGCUGCUGCUGCUGCUGCCGCUGCCGCCGCCGCCGCCCACUCUGGCACUAAACGUUUGGAGACCACCGAAGGGGCCUCAGCACAGAGAGACGAGGAACCCGAAGAGGAAGGGGAAGAGGAUCUACGAGAUGGAGGUGUCCCUUUUUUCAUCAACCGAGGUGGCCUACCAGUGGACGAGGCCACCUGGGAAAGGAUGUGGAAGCAUGUGGCCAAGAUUCACCCAGAUGGAGAGAGGGUGGCCCUGCGGAUCCGCGGGGCAACCGACCUGCCCAAGAUUCCCAUACCAAGUGUGCCUACCUUCCAGCCGACGACGCCCAUCCCUGAGCGCCUGGAAGCCGUGCAGCGCUACAUCAGGGAGCUGCAGUACAAUCACACAGGGACACAGUUCUUUGAAAUUAAGAAGAGCAGACCUCUGACGGGGCUGAUGGACCUGGCCAAGGAAAUGACCAAAGAGGCUCUGCCAAUCAAAUGCCUGGAAGCUGUGAUCCUGGGAAUUUACCUCACCAACAGCAUGCCCACCCUGGAACGCUUCCCCAUCAGCUUCAAGACCUACUUCUCAGGGAACUACUUCCGUCACAUUGUGCUGGGGGUGAACUUUGGGGGCCGCUAUGGCGCCCUGGGCAUGAGCCGAAGGGAGGACCUGAUGUACAAACCCCCAGCCUUCCGCACGCUCAGCGAGCUCGUGCUGGACUAUGAAGCGGCCUAUGGCCGCUGCUGGCACGUGCUGAAGAAGGUGAAGCUAGGCCAGUGCGUGUCCCACGACCCCCACAGCGUGGAACAGAUUGAAUGGAAGCACUCGGUGCUGGAUGUGGAGAGGCUGGGCCGGGAAGACUUCCGCAAGGAGUUGGAGCGCCAUGCCCGAGACAUGCGGCUCAAGAUUGGCAAGGGGACAGGCCCUCCUUCUCCCACCAAGGACCGGAAGAAGGAUGUUUCCUCCCCACAGAGGGCCCAGUCCAGCCCCCAUCGCAGGAACAGCCGUAGUGAGAGACGGCCAUCUGGGGAGAAGAAGCCUGCAGAGCCCAAAGCCAUGCCAGACCUCAGUGGAUACCAGAUCCGGGUGUGAGGCAGACGCCAGCGCCCCCAGGUCUCCUCCUGGAGACCCAGACCCACCUGCAGGAAGAACCUACUUCAUUCAGGCAGAGGCUGGUGAUGGGGUGGGCUCGGGUGGGGGGGGAGGCAAGAAGGCUGCCUUGCCGUUCAGCCUCAAGGGACGUCCCCCUCCCAUGAAGCCAAGCCCCUAACUUUGGGCCAAGAAAACAGUAUUUUAUUUGGAGUUUUAGCUCUGCAACUGAAGUAUAAGAUAUUUGAAGGGAAAGAUGAAUGGAUAUGUUGGUAGCUGUCAGGGUCUGCUCUCUCUCUCUCUCUCUCUCUCUCUCUCUCUCUCUCUCUCUCUCUCUCUCUCUCAGCACUGCGUGGCUUGGGGAGGAGGGAGGAGGGAGGAGGGCUGCCUGGUUCUGUGGUGCUCCUUCUCUCAACAGUGAUCAGAGGUUGUGAGCCUCAACAGCCAGUGGGGUGAGGGUGGGAUGGUGUAGGAAUGGAGGUGUUUUCUGGAGCUGGGUCUGUCCUGGCAGAAUCAUGACUCCAGGGAAAGGGAAGCAGGGUAGGAGGUCUCCUGAGAAAGGUCAAUUUAUUUUUCAAAUCAGGAACUUGGCAGAAGCCACAUCUGCCUAAGGUGGAAACCUAUGGUCCAGGAGAGCCCUUUAGAUAGAACUGUGCCCCACCCAACACCACCCGCCCCCCCAAUCUUCACCUUGGCCAAUUUGGGAUUAGGCUAUAGAACCAGGAGAGGACCGUAGUGGGAAGGGUUCUGGCACAUCUGCUGGUUCUGUCUAGUCUUGACUAUUGCUGUAGCCCAGGGGCUCCCUGCAGAAGGGCUGGGCUGUGUAGAGAGCCCAGACUUGUACUGGGGACACCACGACCUUAACACACUGUCUUGGCAUGAGGCAGUUGAGUGGAGCCCUCUUGUUGGUGGGAGUGGGUUCUUUUCUCCUGUCUAAUACUUCAGCACUUGCUGGAGAAACUAGACCAGGCUGCCUGUCCCCCAGGGUGCCUUCCCCGCCUUAGCAGCCUGGUUAGGCUUGGAGUAGCAGCCAGGUUUAGCAGCUUCUUGGGGCACUGACAGUGGGGAGCCCAGGCAAUAGUCGUCUAUCCCCUGGCCCUAGGGCACAAAAUCCCUGGUAGGAAAGUGAGGUGUGGAGAGGAGCCGUCUGGGCUGGGGGAGGAGAGCCAGUCCUUGAGUUGGGAGUGAAAGUGAGAAGGGCUGAGGGAGGCAGUUCAGGAUGGGGCUGUGUGGGGACUGUGUGGGGACCGAGUUCCCUGCAGCACAGGUGGCACUCGUCAAGUUGCUGUAGGCUUCAUGUGACAGAGGGCAGCUGAACCGGGUGACCAUUAAGGGGCUUUACUGAGAGGUGCAGUUAGCCUGGGCAGCUGCCAACAAGGCCGCAGAGCGCUGAGGGCUGGCUUAGGACUCAGAUGCCUACAGGGCCAUCAGCCAGUGACAAAGAGGAGGGCUGGAUGGGGACUGUGUCCCAUGAAAGAGAGCAUAUCCCAUUAAAGUGGGAUGCUGCCAUUGUACUGUCCCACAGUGCAGGCCCUAAGGGGCAUUGGCCUUUUUUUUCUCUCUCUUCUUUUUUUUUUUUUAGGCCAGGGCUCUGAAUUAAUACUUGAGUUGUAAUUUUUUAAAGUUAUCAAUUCAAGAAAUGAUCACCAUAGCUGAGAGAGUACCAGUCCACAAUGUCUGGGGUAGAGAGUGUGGGCUGGUUGUGGGGAGACUGUGGGUGGAAAAUGUGACAGUGUAAAGUUUCCCCAAGGCAUCAAGGGCCACUUCCUCUGGCCCCAUCCUGCAGGCAGAGGCUGAGUCUGUGCUUAUUGGGUCACCAAAGCCAGCAGAGAUAGAACGGUGGAACUCUUCCUGUCCAGAAAUGGAGGGUGGCUGGAAUGAAGGGGGGGAGGGGGAGGGAUGCCCUUGCUGGUGACACGUGUGGCUGCUUAUCACGCCAACAGCUCCUGGGCCCCAAGCCAGGCCCACUGGGGCCCAGCACAGGCACCAUGGGAGGCUGGCUGUUUAGUCCCUUGUCUUGCCUGCAUCCUCCUGGGGUCAGGGGGUCCUUGGGAAGUGCAUAGCCUAGGCUACACCCCUAGCCAGACCAUGAAAGGACAUGGUACUGUUUCAUCCUUCUCGGAAUUCAGGAAGUAGGGAUGGUAGUCCCAGCAGCCCCCAUGCCUGCCUGGAGAGGUACAAGACUGGACAAGAUCUUUUUGGAUCUGAAUGCGGCUGCUUAUCCCUGGGACAGCAGCCCUUUAUGUCUCUGGAAACUUCAAGAUACAACAAAAUGUGGGAGAAAGAGGGGUGAGGAGAGCUGGAGUCAGGUGUAUCUGGAGAACAGCUCCAGGUCCCAGAGCCUUAGGACAGCUCUGAGCUCCAGUUCCUCUGAGGCCCAGGAAAGAAGGAAGCAGGAGAGAAAGCCCUGACUUGUUCAGGAUAGGAGGGAGCCGCUGGUGGCCAGGGGUACACACACCUCUGCUGAUCACCUGUCCCAAGCUAAGGGCCUCUGGCCUGUGAAGACUGUCAGAGGCCGUCAUAGGCCACAGUGGUGCUUUUUUAAUUUAUUUUUUACUCUUUCUCAUAUGUAGCAAGCUACCCUUCCCUCUGCGGCCAUUUUCUCAGGCUGUGCUCUCUGGGGCUGGCCUGGAUGUCUGGUUUCCAGGGAGGCAGAGGCAGAGACUUUGAGGCCUUAGUCACCAUCCAUGACCUCACCUCAUCUCACUUCCUAUAAGAGACAGACAGGGAACUGGCAGAUACCUCAGACCUCCUGACUCAGGCGGGGCCUCUCUCUCGGGGGCCGCUGGCUGAAGGGGGUCAAGGUGAGGCCAGAGGAGGCUGGUUGGUGGAGGGAGCAUGGGCAGAAGUUCCUUGUGCUUGGUGUUGUGUCAAAACACUGGGAAGCUGGCUUCAGAGAACCUUCCUCUCCAUCCAGCCACCUGCCAGUCCUUUCCCCUCCAUAGCCUCACAUUUCCAUGCUCCCCUGAUCCAUCAUGCUAGCCACCCCUCCUUAGUGGGCAUGGCCAAGUGGGCAGAACAGCAGCCCACUGGCCCCAGACUUGAUGAUGAAGCCUGGAGACUGGGUACUGGAGCAGACUCAGGAAGCUGACCGUGGCUGAUGUCUAGUCCAGUCAUAUCGUGCCCUGACCCCUUCACAGCUGGGAAGACGUCCUGGCUCAGGGGAGUAGAUCUAAUGAUAGCUGUGCAGGCUUUGUGCCCCGAGAUCUGUACCCGUGUACCCCUGGCUUUCCUGCCUGGAAAGAGGUCUGGCUUAACACAUCACCGCCCCACCCUGACAUGCUGUCAGUGGUGUUAAAAGUGCAAGGAUGCACAGGUGGAGACCAACAAGCUAGAGGUGUAAAGGAUAUCCUCUGCAGGAGUGUAGGUGGGAGAAUUCACCCUACCUACUGGGUACCACAGCUUCCCAAGAGCAUCUCCAGCCAGGUGGGGCUGCCACCGUGCUAGCUGCAAGUGCUGUGCUAGGACCCUCUCACUCCAGUUUGAUGCUUUGGGGUCCCAAGCUUCCUUGUGAAGUCUGAAAAGAAACCUGGGUACACUUGACCCCUGGGCCAGUGAUGACCAGCCGCCCAUCCCCUGUGCUUUGUUGGGUUCUUGUGUUGUCCCUGAUGCCAUUAUUCUGUCCUUGUAUCAGUAUUACCCUGCCUUUCAGUGCACACUUUGUCUCAUUCCUUUCUCACCUUCCCCUGAAAUGAAUAAAGUCUCCCAGCUCCUAUCAUUUGGGCUGGCAGAAAUCACGUGAAA